UGCAACGCCAGACCAAAAAUUCAUCUUCGUCUUCAGGUCUCCCUCCUUCUCUCUCAGGCAUUCGUUUGAGAUAGAAGUUCGUGAGACUCUGAGGACGGUUGUCUGCGACAACAACAACAUCACCAUAGCCUACAACUGCACCCAAACUGAGCCUGGUUCGAGUGGUGAGUCAGGAUGGCGGCGAGAGGCUUGACGGCCACACUUCUGAUCUUCGCUUUACUCGCAAGCAGUGCGAGUGCUCAGCUGAGUGAAAGGUUCUAUAAUUCGACGUGUCCCAGUGGACCGGCCAAAGUUGCAGAGGUAGUCAGAACUUGGAUCACCAGGGACAGGACUCUGGCACCUGCUCUCCUCCGCCUUCACUUCCACGACUGCUUCGUUCGGGGAUGUGACGGCUCUGUGUUGCUGGACACCGUGAAUGGUGAAAAAGUAGCAGCAGGAAAUAUAAACUCGCUCAGAGGUUUUGAGGUGAUCGAUGAUGUCAAAACCAAGUUGGAAGCUCUAUGCCCGGGCCGUAUGUCCUGCGCCGACAUUCUCUCCCUCGCUGCUCGAGAUGCCAUGGUUCAGAUGGCAGGCCCAAUAUUGAACUGGACCGUCCCACUAGGCCGGCGCGAUGGUGUGUCGUCAUUCGCAUCGGAAGCCAACAGCGCUCUGCCACCUCCCUUCGCCAACUUCCAGCAACUGGUCUCGUUGUUCUCAGCGAAGGGCUUCACCACCCGCGAGAUGGUCGUUCUCUCAGGGUCGCACACGGUGGGACUGUCGCACUGCCGGAACUUUCAGACGCGGCUGUACAACUUCUCGGCCACGGUGGCGACGGACCCGGCGCUGGAGGCCAGCUUCGCCGCGGCGCUGAAGAGGCAGUGCAAGUUCGGCGACACGACGACGCUGGUCAAGAUGGACCAGAGCAAGAGCGUGGACACGUGGGACUUCAGCUACUACUCCAACGUCCUGCGUGGCAAGGUCCUGUUCCAGUCGGACGACGCCCUCAAGCGCACCACCGAGGGCUCGAAGAUCGUCCAGGCCCUGAACCGAGCCGGCUCCAGCUUCAGCGCCGAGUUCUCCGCCGCCAUGACCAAGCUCAGCCGCGUCGGCGUGCUCACCGGCACCAGCGGCCAGAUCCGCCGCAAGUGCAACCUCGUCAACUGAGCUCGAUCGAUCUCCGAUCCGUGUACCUAAUAGCACAUUUAACCAUUUAACUCCCUUUUAACCCUCACUAAUCAUUUAAUCGAAUGCCUUGAAUUUCCUUUCGCUGUCAAGAUUUUGACAAAUUAAGAUCAGGAAUUUUGUGAGCUCGGAUUUUGCCCCGGCGAUGUGGUACUAGUUGUAGUAGUAGUAGAAGAAGAAGAAAGCAGUGACUGCAUCGGAGGAUCUCGCAGCUGGUACUGCCUAGCUGCAGUUUAGAUUAGAUCGGCAACGAGCAGCAGGCCUCUAAUUUAAUGUGAUUUUACCCAAUCUAAUCUCAUCUAAUUUAAUCGGGUCCUCAUGGCCCAGGCAUUGUAUGCAGUGAGUGAGCUCGAGAGAGCUGAGUGGCUGCACAGAAGUAGUGUGUUUUGUGCAGGCAGAGCGACUCAGCACGGCUGACAAUUGCCUCGUGGUAGAGGAAGAAGGCCGUGUCGAGGCUAGAAGUUAGGAGGGCUGAGUAGUAUGAGGCAGGCGUUAGUCUCCACAUACGAGUUUAGGAUACUGGUCGUGGAAAUGUCAUUUCUGACGUGCAUGUGCCGUCGAGAUUGGGUGGCAUCGUUCAGUCCCUGUCGUUGUCCAGAUGUCAAUAAACGCUCAGAAAACCUGUCGAGAAUUUCGUUCCAAAGCUGUGUGGCUGGGUCCGUCCGGAUUCAUUUCCUU